AUGAAAACAAGAGAUCACUGGCGCAAACUUGCCCAAAGGUCAAAUGAUCCCUUGGCGUGGUCUGCGUACAGAAAUUUUCGUGGAGAAGUUAAGCGUGAAAUUAAACUAGCCGAGCGUGAAUUUGUAUUAAACCAGAUAGAGAAAGAUCCAGGUAAUUCUAAUAAUAUCUGGAAAUCUAUCCGCUUAUGCAUUCCUAAAAAAUCGUCUUCGCAAAGAAUUUUCAGUCAAGAUGAAAAAACCGUAGCAGAAGAGUUUAACAAUUUCUUUGCUUCUGUCGGCAAUAAUGCGGUUCAUAAAAUCAAUGAUUUGGCAAACGAAUUUGGGUUUGAUUGCGACCGCGACCGUUUUACACCAAGACAAUACCCUUUAACGGAACAAUUUUCAUUUAAAGAGGUCGAGCCAGCCAUAGUAGGAAGUAUAAUAUCUUCAAUGCCUAACAACAAAGCACCGGGCGGUGACAAAAUUCCCAUUCGAGUGAUUAAGGAUUGCAUUGUGCCCAUUUUACCAGUAAUAACAUCAAUUAUUAACACUUCACUAACUACGUCAGCCUAUCCUAUAGUUUGGAAAAUUGCCGAAGUUGCACCAAUUCCAAAGGGAAAGGAUCACCCGGAAGUGGCGAAUAAUAACAGACCAAUAUCAUUAUUACCUGUUUUAUCAAAGGUUUGCGAAAGGGUUGCCUAUAAUCAAUUUGUAGAAUAUCUUACGUUGAAAAAGCGGCUUUCAAGUAAGCAAAGUGGUAACAAACGUGGAUUCUCGACCGAAACUUUGUUAAUUAAUAUCACAGACUCCAUACUAAAUGCUAUAGACCAAAAGAAAGUUACAUCUCUGGUCUUAUUGGAUAUGAGCAAAGCAUUUGACUGUGUUAAUCAUAAUCUUUUGAUGUCAAAGUUACAAGAUAUGGGUGGUUCACAAUCGUGUUUACAAUGGUUCAGUAGUUAUCUCUCCAACAGACAGCAGGUUGUACGAAUAAACAGUACAGUAUCGGAUGCCUUGCCUUUGACGAACGGCGUGCCGCAGGGAAGUAUCCUUGGGCCUUUACUUUUUAACAUCUAUGUCAACGACCUCUCAACUGCACCUCAAAACUGUGAUCCACAUUGCUACGUAGACGACACAGGUCUACUGCACUCCUUUAAAGCUCAGAGUAAAUCUUUCGCUAUAGAGAAUAUUAACGAGGAUUUGACUAAAGUCCGAAAUUGGUGUUUUAGCAAUUGCCUGCUUCUGAACCCUGAAAAGACCAAGUUAUUGGUGUUUGGGAGCAGACAAAUGCUAUCUAGACUACAAGACUUUUCCCUGACACUAUUGGGAAAAGAAAUAAACCCUAUCGAAAUGGCAAAGGACCUUGGCGUGACUCUGGAUGUUAAUUUAACCUACAACCACCCUAUUAAUAAGACCGUCUCCACGUGUAUGUCCAUACUGGGUCAAAUUAAUCGUGUGAAGCAUGCCUUCGACAAACGUACUCUGAUUACUAUCAUGAACAGUUUGGUUUUCAGCAGACUUUAUUAUUGUUCCAAUGUAUGGAGUAACACCUCAAAGUGCAACAUUGAGAAACUGCAGUUAA